AUGUGUUCCUUUUGCGUGUACUUUUCCGACGAUGAUCAUAAUGAAAAUGACAGCGACGAUCACGACAACGACAACGACGACGACGACGACGACGACGACGACGACAACAACCAUAACGACGACGAGGAUAAUGACGACGAUGAUAAUUAUGGCAAUGGUCAAUUGCACAGAUACACAUGCAUAUGUACAUGCGUAAAAACACACAAUUCUGCUGUUUCCUCCCUCAUAUGA